AAGACAGGAUACUGGGUGAGAUAGUCUGACCCAAUAUGGCCAUUCUUAUGUUUUUAACUUAAAACUAAUGAUAAAAAUGACAUUUUUCUAUGCUUCAGCAUACGUGUCUAGGCUUGUACCGUUGCUAACCUGGACAUUCAAACAGUUAUUCAAACUAAGUAUUCUGCAGGAUGCUUCUUACCUCCACUUACAUUUUGUAUUUGCUGUAUGCUAUGCAGGUCUCCACUUCCUUUUUCAGUACUCCUUUGUCACACUGAAGGCAGAAUCCAACCAUUCUAAUUUCUAACUGCUUUCUAAUAGUUGAACUUGUCACUAGCCAGCUUAUGCAAAUAAAGGUGCAUCAGAUCUAUUUUUCACUGUAUGCCAGGAAAUUCUUCGUAGUUGCCAUGGGAAUGUCUUAGGGUUAUGGUGAUCAGCUUUACAUUAUACAGGAAGUCAUCAUAGAUGGCCAUAAUAUUCCUUUCUGGCCUUGAAAUUUUUAAUCUAAUCACGAAAAACUUAAUUUUUUGUGGGUUAAUUUUUGUGUUCACAAAACUGGGGGACUACUGUACUGGCUUGAUCCGUAUAGAAUUGUACCUCAGUUUCUUCAUGUACCAUCUUUGCUAAUCUUUUCUGGGGUGAAAAGAAAUGCUAGUGCCAAAUUUUGUGGUUAUUUUCUUUGUGGAGGGGGAGGAGAAUAUAUCAUGAUGUAUAGCAGAGGGAUUCUGCCUUGCAUUAUUUAAUAUACCAAAAAGCUAUGUAAAAAGAACAUAAAGGUUGGCCUUAAUUUGGCUCCAUGUGCUUAUGCAUAAUGAUAGUAUGUGAUCCUGUAAUUAAAUACUGUUUUUUGCUUAGGGCCCCUGCUUCAAUCUAUACAUAGGAUGGACGGUGCUUGCUUAAGUUCCUUGGGAAUUUAAAGAACAUUUAAAAAAAAUUAAAAAAAAGAGGAGAGGUGGAAAAAAGGAACAGUCAGAAGAUUUGAACACUGGACCGGAGGAUUAAGGAUAUCUCUGUAGAACAUCAACACUUAAAAAGAUGUGGUGACUAGAAGAACCUCUAUUGUUGCCCAUAGCACAUAUAGUGCCUUAUAAAGAUGGGGUUUGGAAGUGACCUGAAGUAUUCUCAUGAUGCUUUGUUAAAAUUGCAAGAUUGGGAGUUACGACUACUGGAAACUGUGAAGAAAUUUAUGGCCAUGCGAGUAAAAAGUGACAAAGAAUAUGCAUCCACGUUACAGAAUCUUUGUAAUCAAGUUGAUAAAGAGAGUACUUCCCAGCUGGAUUAUAUUAGCAAUGUAUCCAAGUCUUGGCUGCUUAUGGUACAGCAGACAGAGCAACUUAGCAGGAUAAUGAAGACACAUGCAGAAGAUCUUAACUCUGGGCCACUACAUAGACUUACAAUGAUGAUCAAAGAUAAGCAACAAGUAAAGAAGAGUUACAUAGGUGUUCAUCAGCAAAUUGAGGCAGAGAUGUUCAAGGUUACAAAGUCAGAACUGGAGAAAUUAAAAUCUAAUUACAGACAAUUAAUAAAAGAAGUUAACUCUGCCAAAGAGAAGUAUAAAGAAGCUGUGGCUAAAGGAAAGGAGACUGAAAAAGCCAAAGAUCGUUAUGAUAAAGCCACUAUGAAACUUCACAUGAUGCAUAAUCAGUAUGUGUUGGCACUGAAGGGAGCACAGUUACAUCAGCACCAAUACUACGACACUACGCUUCCUCUGUUACUUGAUUCAUUACAGAAGAUGCAAGAAGAAAUGGUUAAAGCACUAAAAGGAAUCCUUGAUGAAUACAGUCAGAUCACCAGUCUUGUAACAGAAGAGAUAGUGAAUGUCCAUAAAGAGAUCCAGACUUCUGUUGAACAGAUAGACCCUAACUCAGAGUACAAUAGCUUCAUAGAAGCUCACAGGUCACCAGAGAAUGUAGAACAAGAAAUAGUGUUUGAUACAUCUUUACUGGAAGAAAACGAAAAUCUUCAAGCUAAUGAGAUAAUGUGGAAUAACUUAACAGCAGAAAGCUUGCAAGGAAUGUUGAAAACAGUAGUAGAAGAAUUGAUUCAGACACAGCAGACGCUUUUGAACAAAGAGGAGCUUUUGUUGGAACUAGAAAAGAAAAUAGAAGAAUCUUCUAAGACCUGUGAAAAAAAAUCAGACAUUGUGCUCUUGUUGAGCCAGAAGCAAGCACUGGAGGAACUCAAGCAAACAGUUCAGCAAUUAAGAUGCACUGAGGCAAAAUUGUCAGCCCAGAAAGAACUUCUAGAACAAAAAGUUCAGGAGAAUGAUGGGAAAGAGCCACCUCCAGUAGUAAAUUAUGAAGAAGAUGACAGAUCAGUCACUUCUAUGGAUAAGAAGGAUAAGGUGUCCAGAUUUGAUACUAUUCGUCACUCCAUAGCUGGAAUGAUACGAUCUCCAAAAUCCAUGCUGGGCUCUUCAUCAUUCUUUGAUGUAAUAUCAACCAGCGAGAAACCAUUGGCAGAGCAAGAUUGGUAUCAUGGUGCAAUUCCAAGAAUAGAAGCCCAGGAGCUGUUAAAGCAGCAAGGAGACUUCUUGGUGCGAGAGAGCCACGGGAAACCUGGUGAAUAUGUCCUUUCUGUGUUUUCAGAUGGACAACGGAGACACUUUAUCAUACAAUAUGCUGAUAAUCAGUACCGAUUUGAAGGAACUGGGUUUCCAACUAUUCCUCAGCUUAUAGACCAUCAUUACACAACAAAACAAGUAAUUACUAAGAAAUCAGGUGUAGUUCUGCUGAAUCCUGUUGUUAAGGAUAAGAAAUGGGUUCUCAAUCAUGAAGAUGUCACACUGGGAGAAUUACUGGGCAAAGGUAAUUUUGGUGAAGUAUAUAAGGGAACAUUAAAGGAUAAAACUCCUGUUGCUGUAAAAACUUGUAAAGAAGAUCUUCCUCAGGAACUGAAAAUAAAAUUUUUAUCAGAGGCCAGAAUACUCAAGCAAUAUGACCAUCCCAAUAUUGUCAAGCUAAUAGGAGUUUGCACUCAAAGGCAGCCUAUUUAUAUAGUUAUGGAACUUAUUCCAGGAGGCGAUUUCCUCUCCUUUUUAAGAAAGAAGAAGGAUGAGCUAAAAACCAAACAGUUAGUGAAAUUUUCAUUAGAUGCUGCUGCUGGUAUGGCGUAUCUCGAAUCUAAAAACUGUAUACACAGGGACCUUGCUGCAAGGAACUGCCUGGUAGGUGAAAAUAAUGUUCUGAAAAUCAGUGACUUUGGAAUGUCUCGUCAAGAGGAUGAUGGGGUAUAUUCAUCUUCAGGCUUAAAGCAGAUUCCUAUCAAAUGGACUGCUCCAGAGGCACUCAACUAUGGGAGAUACACUUCUGAAAGUGAUGUAUGGAGCUUUGGGAUCCUUCUUUGGGAGACCUUCAGUCUAGGUGUAUGUCCAUACCCUGGAAUGACCAACCAACAAGCACGGGAACAAGUGGAGAAAGGAUAUCGAAUGUCAGCACCUCAAAAGUGCCCAGAGGAAAUAUAUAAAAUAAUGCAGAGGUGCUGGGACUACAAACCAGAAAACAGACCAAAAUUCAGCGAGAUUCAGAAAGAACUAUCUUCAGUCAAAAAGAAAGUGACAUAGUGAUAAAGUAGUGCCAAACUCAACCUACAGGACUCUGUUUUUCAACAAAGUAAUAUUUUUCCCUCAAACACUGUGCGUUUAUACCACAUUAUCUGCAAUAUUCUUCUAGGGUUACUUUUUAAAAAUUAACUCUUUUUUAUAUAUGUGUGUCUACGCGCACACCAUCUUGGAAAAUGUCUAAGCAUACAUUAAAAAGAAACGAUUCUGCCAAAUGUUAUAUAUCUAGUCACGUUAACACUGUCAUUUAGGAUACAUGUAAAUAGAACAUCACACACUACAGAUUUAAGGGACUGUGACUCCUAUCUAUUUUACAGUGAUAAACUGCUCGUGACAUUUCCCAAAGGUUUUCUACUUUAUGCUGCAUUCUUAAUUUGCUAUCCCAGUUGCAGAUAUCAAACACCAGUGGCACUAAAAAUGGUGGCUAUGCCAUGUUUCUGAAGACCUUAAAUCUGAGGACCACAAUUUUUGAAUAGUAUUUCAAUUAGGAACUUUAUAUUUUUUAAAUCAUUUCUGCAACUGAUAUUUUAAAUGAUAUAUUGCUUUAAGAAAGAACAUCAGUUAAGAUUCUGGAUGUGCAUGUAUUCUUUUUAAACAAAGAAAUCCAUAAUUUUUUUGUAGAAUAAUAUUCACAUCAUUUACAAACACGUCCUUAGAUUUCUUACAGUUGCUUCCAUCAUAGUAAAUAUGUUCAACUUUGGACAUUACUUGCUGCUUUUUUCCUGUGAAAAAUUUAGUAGUUUAUCAGGAAUCUUUAUGCACAAAUCUCCUUUGAUGGGCUAGGUUUUUUCUAAAAGGCCAACAUCCAGUCUUGUGUGAUACCUGUCUGUCGGAAAAUACUCCAAAUCAUCUGCCUUUCAAAGUACAAGUAGAAGAAGAAAACUGUUGGUUUUGAAUGUACACUUGUAGAAAAGCAGCCAGCAGGAAGCAUGUUUGAGAACGAGAGUAGCAUGUAAUGAAGGUAACUGGUAGCACUGAUUUUAGAUGAGUAAAAGAAAGUGAACUGCCAAAUUGGCUUUUGGAGGUUCUCUGAUACCUUUCUGAAUAUUUUUUUUUUCACAUUUCAAAUAAUUGAUAUGCCUUUUCUGCAUGCAGUUGGAGUCACCAAAAGGACAUGUUUAAAACCACGUUCCAUGCAUAUUGUCCAAAGAAAAAGGCUACGUCUCCAUUGGAGAAAGAAAUGCUACCUGUUUCAAACCUCUGAAAGGCUGAACAAGGCAUAGAGUAGAAAUAUUAAUCUACAGAACUGUCUUUAGUUGCAUCCAGAUUUGUUCUCAGUUUCAGAAGUAGGUUUGCAUACUCACACUGUCAAGGAGGAAAAGAUUGGUAUAAAGAUAGUAUUCUUAUAAGAAGAAUAAAAGCUAAUCAGUCCGGGGGUGGGGACGCAAAUAGUUUGUGGCUUGGACCUAUCUCUACAAAAGGCCUUGAUAAGGAUUCCCAACUACCAUAGAGACCUGUGACUUUAGAAACAAAGUUAUGAUCUGGGAGACCUAUGGUUUUGAUGUAGGCCUGUUUCUAAUCAUUAUCAAGGUGUGUUAACAAGGAAUUAACUGCCAGAGGAAUGAAAGAAAAACUUUCAUUUGUGGCUGCAUUAUAUUUUAUUUCUAUUGUGGUGACUUUUCUAUUGUCCAGAAUGCAAUUUCUGCUUUUUAAAGUAUAUUUAUGGUAGUAUUGAAAGGGAUAUGUGUGACUAAAGUAUUUGUAGGCUAUGAGUGUUUCGACCAGAUCUAUUACAUUAAAUUUAGCAUCCAAACGAACAGUGAAGCGGCGUGCUAGAGAACACUUUUCUCAUUGUAGGUGGACUUGUUAGCAAUCUGGGUUUGUUCUGGGGCAAAGGAAACAAACACACUGGGAAAAUGGAGUAGAAACUGAAAAUAAAAGGAAAAAUUAGUGUCAUCCCUUUAUCAUUAUUAUUUCUUUAUGUAAAUACUGCGUACAUUUAAUUAUCACUAUGCUCACACUUGGUCCAAAGAUACUUGUCUCAAAACCAGUAAGAAACGUCGUUUAGUCAGUUAACAUUGAUACUAAAUGUUACAUAAACAGCGUGCCUUAAGGAGCUGGCGUGCUUGUGUGAAUAAAAGUGCAUGAAAAUGCCAGAAAUAUGCAACGAUAACUCUGGGAAGAAUCCAGGUCCCAAAUCAAUAAAUCACCCAGGUCCUCAUCUAUGCACUCGCUAAUGUCUAAAAGUAAGGACAAGAAUGUAUUCACUUUUAUUUAGAUUAACACACUUUUUUUUAAGGGAAUGAAAGACUAUACUAUUCCAAAGGAUGCAUAUAUCCAACCUUUCAACAAGAAAAUAGAACAGUUCUUUUUGUCUUAAUUUGAUAAACAGGACACACAAUUCUGAUUCUUAUGUACAGAGGUAAAAGGACAUCAACUGUAUUCAUUUUUCACUUAUCUGAGCAGUUAACAUUUUGCAAUUCAUAUCAUACUUCUGUUUAAAUUGAAAAGGCUUUUCAAAGCAUGGAACACCUGCAGCACCUAAAGUAUGUUGUGUUUGUCCUAAAGCAGACAGGAAUUCAAUUCAUGAUUAAUAACCCUUUGGGAGACUGUCAGGAUGAGUUCAUUGGUAUAGAAUACAUUUAAUAUAGGCAUAUGUGUUUUUCACAAAAACUUAUGCCACAAACACAACUGAACUAAUGCGAGACAAGACAACAGUUUGCAUAAUUUAUUUGUCCCAUCUGUCACAUGUAAUUAUUGGAAUUAUGUACUUUAGGAAGUUAAGUCAAUAUCAGAUACAUGUCUAUAAAUACUUUUCUUAACUUUGCAAGCUUAUGGCAGGGGAGACUACAAAAAUGUACAAAAAAAAAGCCUGUAAUUUAAUGAAUGGAAAAGCAGGUGUAGCAUUCAAGAACCAAAGCUGCAGCGCUCUGCCUUCUCUGUAGUCUUGAUGUGUUUUAAAUGAACAGAGGGUUAAAAUCUUAGCAUUGUUAAUGAAUUAAGCAGAUAUUGGCUAUUUAAUGUUUUUCUACAGUGUUUUGUACAUUUUGUUUAAGAUACAGCAAAAUGAAGUGUCCUCUUUUGGAAAUUCAGUAUAUUUAAUAGGCUUUGACAUCUGCACUUUCCCAUUUUAUGGGGUUCUAAUAGGCUUUGGAAAUGUUCAGAUGAUUAUAUAUCCAGGAAAUACUCCUGUCUUAAAAUUCAUGUAACAAUAGUACCCUAAAAAUCAAAACCUCUAAGUAUAUUAUAGGAGAUGGAGAGUGAUUUCUCUAGUUGUUACCAAUUAUUUUCCUCCUUUUCAAGGCAUUAUAAAGAAAUUAAAAGUGCUACUGUCAUUUAUAAUUUUGAGAUUAUUUUAAAGCCCAAUGAAAGCCAAUAAUGAGUGUACAGCAUUUAAAACUAACCUCAGCGUUUAAUUUUGAAAUCAUCAUCCUGGUUAUUAAGAUUCCCAAAUGUAUGGAGUUCAUGGCUUUAUAGAAAGUGCAAUAUUGAGAAACAACAAGUUUGAAAAGGAGACCUGUGUCCUCAGCAGCUGUGUAAUCUUUUUCUUCAGUCUGCAUUUCACAAAAUUGUUUUAGAUUUUUAAUCUCAAAUGAAAAAGUAAACAACAGCUUUUAGCAACUGCAAUCAUUUUGCAUUUUUGUUUCAGAUCUUGAUGUGCAUUUUGUAUCUGUCACAAAAUCUGCAUCUAUUUUGUAGUGUUGCUUUUGAUGGCUUACCACCACUUUAUAUGCUGUCUGUGUCAGGAAGGACAGUGCCAUUUACAAAAUAAACCUCAGACUUUCUUGGGCAGAAAGCAGUUUAAGGAAACAUGAGGUUACUGUACCUCACUGUUUUUCCCUUGGUUUUUCACCUACCCAUGUUUGUUUAUGCUGAACUUUGACUUAUUCAAAUGCUGCAGAUACACAUCAGUGGAAAGUCAUACACAUUAUUUAUGGCAUUUUUACUACUACUGUAAAUCAAAAAUAUGAGCAAGCAGGUGUUUUCCCCCCCUCAGAGUUAGAGAAAAGAGUCUCAGCCACAACAUUUCUAGCUGGAUCUAAAGCUUGGAGUUGUUCAGAUCUGAAGUUUAGGCCGGUCUCUGCUUUCUCUUUCUCCUCAUUCAUGUGAUGCUUUACUCUUGUCUAUACUGGCCUUUUUUUCUGAGCGAUUUCCUACCAAUGCAGGUCCACCAGUGGUAGCAAUUGUGGGAGUACAAAUGUAGGCUGGCUGCCAGCAUUCUUACCAUCAUAACUUCUGGCCUAGCGCUGGACAACACCGAGGUCUACACUAGCAGUACCUCGGAAAUAUUUCAGGAGAAAGGCAUGUGUAAAUAAGAGAUCAUGUAAAUUAGCUCUGUGGUUUUAAGAGAUCUUAAUCUGCCAUUAUAGCUGGUGCUUGUUAGAAUGGCUGGAUGUCACAGACAGUAAUGGCAUACAAUGUAAAGGAACAAGAAGAGAGAGAGAGAGAGAUGAAUUAAAGAGGAAGCAUCUUCUUUCCAUAAGAAUAACCUUAUUCAUUAGCACUGGAAAAUGCAUUUGUUUGUUAGUGUCAUUACCUGUUUAGGUAAGCAUGAAAGUUUGCUAUUGAAAGAAAGAGGUCACCUUUUCCAGUUACUUACUUUCCUAAAGUACUUGAGUUGUUUUAUUAGACUUGGUUAACACCAUUUUAUGAUUAUCAGUAUGCACUGUGGUGGGGUACAGAGAACUCAGGCUGUAGUGGCAAUCCUUGGAAACAUUCUGACUGACUGAGCCAGAAUUGCUCUGGGGGCGUACAGGGUGCACCUUCCCUCUUCAUAUUCAGACAGUCCUGACACACACUACUGCAGGAGGGGAAGACACAUGCUUGCCUGGUUAAGGUCCUUGGAAACAGAAUAACCCUUUAGAAAGAAAGUACAAGAAAGGUUUCAAGAAAAAUGUCCCAAACAUAGUUUCCAUUAAAGGAAAGGAUGUUCUCGCAGAAUGUUUAUAUCCUAAGAUCUCUUUUUCUAUUGUCCUCAUAUAAACCUUAACCCAAGUGAGGCUGGGAUGGACAGUGUUGUCUUUCAGACCCAGUCACUUCUUUGUGUCAGGGCAGGAAGAUUAGAGAUUUGUCUCCUAUAGAAAGAUAGAAAGACAUUACUGACUGGCUGCUGGUUGCCUAAUAAGGAUACGAUGACAUCAUUUCUCAGUGUUUUGCUUCACUUAAACUAUAGGGAUGAAAAAUACAGGUUAAAACAUGUUUGCUGAUAAGAAAAUUGCCCAGGUUUCCCAAGGAGAGGACAAAUAAUCAUUUAAUUAAGGACUAUUUACAACUCAGAGGACACAUCAUAAGGCUUUUGAGCCAGUAGUUAGAAUAUCCCAGCAUAAUGUCUAUUUCUGACACUCGAGGCACUGAAACAGCUAAAAAGGAAAGCCGAUUAAAAUCGCAAGUCCCUCUUCCUGUUAAGUUUGCUGAAAUCCUUUCUUCUACCACUCACUUGCCAAUAUCUUUCCUUUCUGAAGCUGAUGGGGUGUAGUGAUUGCUAGCUGAACUUUCACUGUAGCAAUUUAGUGCAGUCCUAAAGCAAACAAUUUGUCAGCUUUGAUGAGAAAGCAGGACAGUACUUCAGGUAAAACCAUACCACAGGCUCAGACAUGAAAACCAAAAGCAGAUUUAAAUGCCAGCUUCAAUUCAUUGUGUUUAUCACCCAAGCACCAUGUGGAGCAUUUCAUGAUUGGCCUUACAAUGUGUUAAAAAGUGACUUGUUGCCAAACACCUUAUUUAUCCUUCACAUAGUACAGCAUUUUCUAGAAAAUAAAGGUGCUGAUUUUUGUCUUCA